UGUUGAAAUAAGAGGUGGAAAGACUCUUCAGUGACAUUUCAUCAACGCACAAUGUCUAAACUGCAGGUUUUAGGUGUUUUUCUGACAGAGAGAUUAACAUUAGCUGCGCAGGAAAUUCUUAAGGCUGUGGAAGACGUAUUUUCAGAGUAUAAUGAGGAGAUGUGUCGCUCCAGACUGGAGGUUGCGCUGCUCAAGAGAAGACUGCAGCAGACAGGAGUUCAGAUGGACUCUGUAACGCAGCUUUGCUCCUCUGAGAGUCAAGGACAGAAAUACACCCAGACACUUUCAGAGGACUGGAAAUCUGAUCAUGACUUGAAAGAUACAGCAAUGCAUAUGAUCUUAGAUAUUUGUACAAAGGAGGAGGAGAAUGAAGAGGACAUGCCUGUGUGCAGUGAAUCAACAUCUGUAUCCCCAUGUGUGGACAUUUAUCAUGAUCAGACACCCAGCAAAGACACUGAAACCCAAGUGAUGGACAGUAGUGAGAGUAAUUGUUACUUUAUUGAACAAGCAGCUCGGAUUAAGAAUGAGCCAGAAACAUACAUCACCUGUCAAAUUGAGCAUAACAUCACAAAUCAUGGCUCGGAUGAUUCAGGCGUCAGUGAUGUUUCCACUGACGUCAACAAAGUCAAAGUUAGCCACAUAGGCUCGCCCAGACAUGAGACACAGAUAUUUAAUCUGCCCCUCAAUCAAGAGAUGUUGUCGCAGCAUCAGCUGGAGCUGGCCCAGAUAAGAGAGAGAAUGUCUUUGAAAAUCCUGCCCUGUGUCUCUGACUGUAAAAGUAAGAAAAGUGAACCGACUCUCUGUCAGGAUGAAGUGUCAAAAUCUGGCAAGCAGAAACCCGACAGAGCAAGAUAUAGUCAGGCCUGGAGGGAACGUCUGGAAAAAGACCCUGUAAAAUUUGCUGAGUUCAGGGCUUUUGAAGCUGCAAGAGAGUAUAGAAGAAAGAGGACUGCUACAUCUUUAGAAAUCGAUAAGGAUAAUAAUUGUGAGAGACAGAGAAGAUUCAGAACCAAAAAGAAGUUACGACAUCAGUGUAAAGCUGAUGAUAACCCUCUGCCACCUAAAAAAACGAAAGUCUUAACAGAAGAAGAGAGGAUUAAGAAACGGGAGUAUGAUAGGAUAAAGAAAAGAGAAGAGCGAGAGAGGAUGGGAGAAGAGAAGAAAAGACAAAUUCGUGAAAGAGAUGCAUCGCAAAAGAGGGAAAAAAGAAACAAGACAAAAUUUCUUACAGACACUGCACAUACAAAUUUUGGCUCUGAAUCGUACAGCUGGAACUAAAUCUGCAAAACGGAUGGCAGUGUUACAGAUGAGAGAAAAAAUUCUGGCUGAUGCCGAAAAGUUGGACAUUGUUAGACUUCAUCCAUUGUUGUACUCCAUGUUAACAAGCAACUUUAAAAGCUUGAGGUCUGGAAAAAGUUUGAAGAUGAAUAGAUUUUGAUGGCCCACUUCUAAAAGAACUUCAAUCCACUUUUAAAGCUCUAUAGAAGGAAACUGGAUCCUUAGAGAAGCAGAGCCUGAUUGUCACUGGUUUAUUGGUUGCCAAAAAGUACAGAAUGCAACACAUUUAAGCAAAGACGCUUUAAUCUUCUUCCAAGCAUUUCUCACUAAAUUAUCAAAGUCCUCAUCCAGUGAAAGUUAUACAUAUAUUUAUAUAUA